AUGUCAGUCAAGGCUGCUGCACUUCAGGUAGGUGUCAAAGAAAGCACUGCGCGCAUCUGGUGGAAAAAAUACCAAGAAGAUCCUGAUUCAUUUGUUCUCAGCAAGAGCACCAAUCGCCAGAACAGACCGAAACCACAGCUUCAGGAUACACAUAAGGAAUGCUUGAAACAAUUUUACGACGCAGAAUCCUAAUGCCUAUAGGAUGCUGUUGAAACGCUCACGAGCAAGUUCGAAGGCCUGAGAUAAAAAAAAGUCAAGAGUGCACGAAUUCAUGAAGAACGAAUGUAGCUUGACUUUCAAGCAAACAACUCUCUGGUCUGAGGCAAGAAUGAGUUCGAGCACAAUUAAGAAACGUUACAAUUGGGUUGUUGAAUAGAGUCUAACGGACAUGGAAUAUUCCCAAAAUUGCGUGUUUAUUGAUGAAGCCGGCCUUGACAUUAAUAUGAAGUAAAGCAGAGCAUAGGCACCAAGGGGUCCAAUGGCAGUAACUACUACCUCUACGACAAAAGCCCCCACUCAUACCAUUCUUGGUGCUAUUUCAGCAGUUGGUGUUAUAAAUUUGAAUAUACGUAUUCCAAGACAGUCACCAAAAGUGAGAAAAAUUCAAGGAGUAAACUUUUGGAUGAGUUGCCACUUUCUAGAUAAGAUCGGUUGGUCAUAUAUGGAUAGGUUAGCGAUUGUCUCUUACUCUUUAUGAACUUUGCCCGCUGCGCUAGACAAAUC